AUGGAGAGCUUCACAAUAGGCCUAGUUUCCAUGCCGUCGCCAUCCCCGCGUAAUCCUGACGGUGCCAAUGGUUGUUUGCAUGCGGGGGUGGUGUUGUGGCAUCCAUGGAUGGCUCUUUUCCAACCUUGCUCUGCACCGGAAACUUGCCAACCAAAUCGAUUUCGGGGAGAAGACCAUGACGCUAUCAACAAGAACAUGGGCAUGAAUCUGCGAGUUAGUGAGAGAUCUCUGCAGGAUGAAUGCAACUGGGGGAAUUCAUGCCGGCCGCGAUGUCGUCACUCUGCAGAGACGACUGGCGUUCAUGCCACUGGGGAGUUGGAUAUGCUGCUUGUGCAGUGCGAGGGUCUCAACUCUCAAGCGCCAUCUUUCGUGCAGUAUAUUCUCAUGGUAAAAUUAUUAUAUCGUCACAGCGAUGAAUCUGGGAGUCCACUCGACCGCCUUGUCUCUUGA